ACAUUCCGCUUCGUGGGGACCGUGGGAGAGCAGUUUCCUGGCAGCCAGAGUGCCUUAAAAAAUCACGGAAACUGCGGUAGAAAAAUCCACAAAUAAUUCAAGAGAAAUUCAACUGGGAUUCCAAAUUAACACUUAUUCCAGACUUGCAUCCUUCUUGCCUCUGCGGCAGAGAUGACCACCGAGAAGACCGAGUACACCCCCGUGGAGGUUGGAGCCCCUCAGACACCUCCCCCUGGGUAUCCAGGCUUCCCUGUCGGGUUCGGCAUGCCGCCCAUGCCCGGCCCAAACAUGGUCUCCGGGCCUGCACCCGGCGGUCUGCCCUUCCCUCCACCCACUGCCUUUGCACCGGGGGUUCCUGGAGCUUUUGGCAUGGCCAAUAACCCCCAUGGAGGCUCAGGAUACACCAACCCCUGCUCUCCAUAUUCCCAACCAGGCCCAGGAUUUGAUGGAAAUUUAAAUGAUGAUGUCUACGUUAACGAGGAGGAUCCGCCGGCCUUCCACGAGAAUCAGGACUUUGAUUUUGGAUUGGAUAACAAAAGCAUAAGAAGAGCCUUUAUCCGAAAAGUGUUCUUGGUGCUAACUGCUCAGCUGAUGGUGACGUUCGCCUUCGUGGCCGUCUUCACCUUCGUGGAUGAAGUCAAGAGUUUUGUCAUAGUGAACACCUGGACCUAUCUGGUGUCCUACGCCGUGUUCUUUGUGUCCGUCUGCGUGAUCAGCUGCUGUGGAAGCGUUCGCCGGAGACACCCUUGGAACCUGAUUGCGCUGUCCAUCUUGACGCUCAGCAUGUCCUACAUGGUGGGAAUGAUCGCCAGUUUCCACGACACUGAGUCUGUGGUCAUGGCUGUGGGAAUCACAGCGUUUGUGUGCUUCACAGUGGUCCUCUUCUCUCUGCAGACCAAGUACGACUUUACUUCCUGCUAUGGUGUGCUGUUCGUCUGUUUGAUCGUCCUGAUUGUCUUUGGGAUCCUCUGCAUCUUCAUCCGUGACAGGAUUCUGCACAUUGUGUAUGCCGGACUGGGAGCAUUACUCUUCACCUGUUUCCUGGCGGUUGACACACAGCUGCUGCUUGGCAACAAAGAACUGGCCCUGAGUCCAGAGGAAUACGUCUUCGCCGCUCUUAACCUGUACACGGACAUCAUCAACGUCUUCCUGUAUAUUCUCGCCAUCAUCGGAAGAGCAAGGGGAGGCUGAGCAGGAAGACCGGCGCAUGACGAUCCAUACAAAAAAUUAAAAUGUGUUUUCAGAUCACGUGUAGAAGUGAGUUCCCAUAAUCACAAUGUUUGAUUUGCUUUGUAGUGUGUAUUCACCACAUAGGUAAGGACUGCUUUUGCUUUAUCCUGUGUAAAUGCUAUUUUUUUAUGAUCCUUUAAGUAGAUGGGGCAAUGGAAGUUACAGUUUGUGAAGCUAUUUAUGAGGUGUAUGACCUGUUAUGAAACUGUAUUUGGUUUAGAAAAUUGUAUCCUAUGCCAUGCAAAAUCAUUGAACAUGGCAGGUUUUUCUCAGGGUUUUCAGCUUCCUCUCAGUCUUCAUCAGAAGAAGUUUGCUCAGUAGAAGUGGGGAUACAUUUGUUGGCAUUAUAGCACACAAGACUUCUUGUCUGUGUUGGAUUCUUUAACCAGAUGAAGACUGUGUGAAGCUGUAAAAACCCUGAAAAAAGCUACUCAGUGGACCUUGGGACUGUUUUGUCAAGCUAAACUCUAUUUCCAGGGUCCAGAGUGGACUUUGAUGCUUGACAAAUAAACCAGCAGGGAUGAAAAGGGCUAAAAAAAGAAAAAAAAAAUAGUGCAGUGGAUGAUGAACUUAAAUAUCAACUGACCUGUCUCCACGACAACCAAGCAAGCUUCAUCCACUGCUUAAAAAUGUAAAAAGUUGUUACAAAGUGGACCUUGUGUUUCUUCUUCUUCUUCUUCUUCUUUUUGUCAAACUUCUCUUUCUACACUUAAUUAACUUUCAUGCUUUCAAGUAUUGAAACUUUUUUAAACCUGACGUCUGUUCUUUGUAUUUCAGUAAAAGAAUCCUGACAAAAUCA